AUCACUAUUCCCUUCUACUCCAGCUAUGGCCUAACAUGUAAGCCAGGGAACUUCAUCCUCCGAUCAAAUGCGACUGCUAUACAUCAACACUCUUACAGCAGCACGGCAACACGGUCUCUUUGAUUCUGGGAUGCAAAACAACCUAGCUCAUGCGCUUGAAACUACAACCAAAGAAGAUGAGGAUUGGAUAGCAUGGAGUCGGAUCGAAACGACUAAACGUGGAUCUAGUACGCAUGAACAAAAAUUACUGACUACGCCGCUUCGAAGAAUUAUCGUCCUACUGAUACUGGUUGACGCUUGGUUCUCGGAUCAUUUUUCGCCAGGGCCGAUCAUCUGCACGGGGAACAUCAAUCUGUUCCUUCCAUGCGAUGUUAGGCUCUUCCAAGCAACGACGGCCAGUGCGUGGAAUCGACUCGUAAACCUAGACUCACUAGCCGCACACCCACGCUUCUCCCUCCUUCGUGGAGAAGCGGAGCUUCCGGUUCUCCAGGAGCCUGUUGAGCACCUCUCCAUGAAUGCCAUGCUUAUAUCAUCCCUUCUACGGAUCUACGACAACCACCGCACUUACCUCUCCACCUGCGACGACGAAACGCUGGCCAGAUGUCACUAUACCCCUUGGAAGUGCUUCGCUCUAGAAGAAAAGGCAAGAAAAAACACAGAACUAUUAUUGGAAAUGAUGAAGGUCUAUGGACCUGUGAUGGAAGAUAUUGGCUCCGACUGCCUAGUCACAUGGAACUGGAUGGGCAUCAUACUGACGACAGAUUAUUGUCUUCUCGAAGAAGCAGCAGGGAGGAGCGGCGUUGAAGCUGCGAAGAACGCCAUACCCAAGAUCAGGAUCUGGACCCAGACCCCGGCAGCGAGGCGAGGCUGUCUUCACGCGGCGCAAGCUUUCAGGGCCACAUCCCGGCGACGAACUCAAGACGGUGGAUCAUUCUCGGCUUCCAAGAAUUUGUUCAGCGCUGCCCUCGUGCUAGCCUUGUAUCUUCUCACCUCGCCCUCGGAAAAGAAUGAUAACAGCGGCUGUGCCAACGAGUUUGAGCUGCUCGGCAACGUUGACUGGAAGUCCCUCGGCACCGAGGGUCUGUCUGAUAAAGUUGAUGAGUUAUCAAGCAGCGAGACAGUUAACGCAGCUGCGGACUUUAUCCGGCUGGGAGGCCCUGUCUCCAUGCGCAACGAAAGGUGCCUGGGUGGGCUUCGUUCCGCGCAACGGGUUCUUCUAGACUUUGCCAGUCUAUUGGACGAUAUGAAGAAGUGGAGGAUAGGAGAUUACUCACGUCUGCUUUACAUGAUUUGUGAGAGCCUCGGGGACCUUUGUGCAAAUGACGAGCAUAUAGCAGGAGGUGGGACUGCCCAGUGA